CAAGCAAUAUCUUCCCCAGUCCAAAUCAUAGGUGUGACCUGAGAACAGUGGGGGAUAGAAGGCGGUAUACGGGAUGUCCACCACGGCGGAUUUGAGUCUGCUCAGGCGGAAAUUGGCCGCCGCUGACUACUCGCCGGAUAUCUAUGUCCGUGAAUUGGCCUCCCGUUGUGUCGGAGGACAUGAAUUGGAACAACAGAGGAAGAACAUUCAAACCUUGUCCGAAGACACCCAUUCCCAUUUGAAACGGAAUGUGUUUGAGAACUACAAGCAAUUCAUCGAGACGGCCAAGGAGAUCUCGUUCUUGGAGUCCGAGAUGUAUCAAUUGUCUCACAUGAUCACGGAACAGAGGAACAUCUUAUCCAAGUUGGGACAGACCAGUAUUUUGGGAGAUAAGGUGCCAUCGGCGUUAGAGUUGGGCGAGAACGGAUCCGGCCAUCCGGAUGUGGUCUAUGAAGGCGAUCUGCCAGGGGACAAAUCGAAAAGAAAUGACUUUGAAGAAGGCCGUCGGAAGCUGUAUGACCUUUUGGAUAAGGUGGAAGGCUGCAGUCACGUGACGGAUGUGCCCAAUCGUUUCUUGCUGCAUGAGGGGGAUCUGGUCGAGAUGGACUUGAAUGAAAACACUGCCCUUCACCGAGUCCACGGGUACCUCUUGAACGACGGAUUCAUGAUCGCCACUUGGCUGCCCAAUCGACGUGGACCCAUCAGAUUCAAAUUCUCGGAUCUCUACGAGCUGGAUUCUCUAGCCGUUGUAAAUGUGAGAGAUUUGGGUGGAUUGAAGUUUGCGUUUAAAUUGCUCGUCUAUCCCGACGCUCGAUUGUUCCAAUGUGCCAACGAAACAGCCAAAAAGGAUUGGAUGGAAUCGUUUGAAGAUGCGAAAAAGCGCCGCCAAAAAGAGCAAGAAACCCAGGCGUUGAAACGGAGUGAUACCAUAACUCAACGUGAAAGAGAACGAUUGGUUCGUGCCAGUAUCCGGAGGAAUCCGUUUCUCCGCAAUGAAGUGCCCGAGAACACCGCCAAUCCGUUCGAUGAGAAGGAAGAGGAUCAAGAAGAAGGCGAAGACGAUGAGAAUGAGGAUCCUGAGAAUGAUGCCGAACUCCCGGAAUGGAUGCUGGAGCUUAAUGAUGAUUUGGAGGUACUUGUAGCUCAAAGAGAAUUCGAGCAAGCCGUGGAUCUCAUCUUCAAGGCCCGAGUUUAUUGCAAUCAACAUUCGGAUCUUCCAAUGGCUCGAGUGGCCUUGGCCAAACUGGAAAAUCGAACCAAGAACUUGCUGGAGAUCCUGGAGAACGAGCUCACAACAGAGAAGUCACUCCAAGGAGGGCCAAGAUCCGCUCGACGAGCCGUAAAACUGUUGGUCAAAUUAGGAAGGUCCACUCAAGCUUGCGAAUUGUUCCUUCAGCACCGAUCUGCCGUACUCAAGACCACCUUGAGUGGCAUCACGUCAAAUGGAGCGAUUCUUCCGAGAGUCCAGCGUCUGACGCGAUCCUUCUUUGCCAAUGUACUCGAGUCCUCGGAGGAGUUCCACAAGGCUCUGGGUCGGAUUCGCAGCUCCAGUUUCAUACGUUGGAUUGAGUUGGAAGUGAACAAUUAUGCCGACAUCAUCGACUCACACCUCUUCAAGAUCAAUGUGAAUGGGCCACUGGACGUGAUCGCCACAUCGUUCUACUACAUCCGGGAACAGGCGGUCCAGAUGCAAAAGAAGGGUGUAGAUCUAACCUUCUUGAUCGAUGCUCGAUUUCGAAGAAAUAUUGAACGCACAAUUUGCGAAAAUCGAGAUCGUACCAAUGAAGCUGCCACGAAGCGAUCUCAAGAAGAUAAAUGGGAACCAAUCAAUUGCUUCAACCAAGCUGGAACCGAGACAUUUAUUGAGGAGAUGGUGGGAGCCGGUUUCCCUACCAUCAAAGCCUAUGUCUAUGAGGAAUGCUGGAUCUCGCUCACCCGAAAUACCACCAGUUUCAGCUUGAACUAUCUGGCCUUUGCCGAAAGUCUCUUGAAGCUAUUCAAUCCAUCAUUAAGAUCCCUCAUCAAUGAGAGUCUUGUGUCCGUGUUCCAUUCCCAUUUGCGGCACAUUGAGCAAGCGAUCCGGUCCGAUCGUUUGCGCGACACAAGUCCCAAGUUCAUCCAACGUAACGCGGCCUUUCUGCUUGACACCUUGCUGUCAUUGGUCGAGAAAAAAUUCAUGGAACGAACCGGAAUGGACUGUCCAAAAUUGGCCAAAUUACACGCUUCCUAUUCCUGGAUGAAGGAGAGCCAAUCUGCGUCCCACGGGAACUCGGGCUCCACUACCGUCAAAUACUCUGAUCCCAACUUUGUUUGAUUUCCUCGAUUUGCCGAAUCCGUCAAUAAAUACAUGUUCUAUUUGCCAA